AAUUGAAUUUGAUUUUGAUUUUUAUUUUGGGAAGGAAAACCCAUCAAAAACCCUUCCUUUUCUCUUUCUCUCUCUAGUUUUCUCUCUCCCAACCGUCAACAACUAUGUCUUCCCUCGUUCCCUCCAACAACAACGUCGGCACCGUCUUAUCCGGCCGUACAAACAAGAACAAACCCCUUCCUCCCACCAAACGUAUUUCCUCUAACUCCCAACCCUCUCGUCGCCGCCGUGUCAUCAAAACCGUCUCCACCACUCUCGCGGUUUCCUCUGCAACUUCCCUAAUCCUCCGUUGUAAACCGAUUAUUCUCAAUGGACACGGCGGUGGGAGUUUUGGUGGAAGUAAUUCUGGCGGCGGCGGCGGUGGUGGUGGAGGAUGGUGGUUUGGAAGUGGUGAUGGAAAUGGAGGAUUUUGGUCUCGAUUUUUUACUCCGGCAACCGCCAUUGCCGAUGAAUCUCAAUCUGAAGAGUUUGAUUCUCAUGGUAUGCCGGCCAAUAUGACUAUUCCAUUGAACAGACUUAGCGGUUUCAAAAAGUACAAAAUUUCGGAUAUUGUGUUUUUCGAUAGGAAUCGAAAAACGAAAGUGAGUUCCGAUGAUUCGUUUAACGAGAUGAUUACUAUUCGUCCCGGUGGAGUAUACACUAAGGCACAACUUCAGAAGGAAUUGGAGAGUCUAUCAGGAAGUGGAAUGUUUGAAAAAGUUGAUUUUGAAGGAAAAACUAAUCCUGAUGGAACAGUUGGAAUCACUGUUUCAUUCAGUGAAAGUACUUGGGAAUCUGCUGAACAAUUUCGUUGCAUAAACGUUGGUUUAAUGCCACACACGAAACCCGUUGAAUUGGAUCAUGAUAUGACUGAGAAGGAGAGGAUGAAAUACUAUUUGAGUCAAGAGAGAGAAUAUAAAAGGAGAAUGGAGAAGGCAAGGCCUUGCAUUUUACCUAAGUCAGUGCAUAUUGAGAUUAUGGAUAUGUUGAAGCAACACAGGACUUUGAGUGCUAGGUUGUUGCAGAAGAUAAGGGAUAGAGUUCAGAAAUGGUAUCACGAUGAAGGGUAUGCUUGUGCUCAAGUUGUUAAUUUUGGAAACCUUAAUACCAAAGAGGUUGUUUGUGAGGUUGUUGAAGGAGAUAUCAGUCAAUUGUCUGUUCAGUUUUUGGAUAAGCUUGGCAAUGUUGUUGAAGGCAAUACUCAAGUCCCUGUCAUAUAUAGAGAGCUUCCCCAAGAGCUGCGCCCGGGUAAAACUUUUAAUAUUGAAGCAGGGAAGCAAGCUUUAAGAAACAUAAAUUCCCUUGCUUUGUUUUCGAAUAUUGAGGUUAAUCCACGGCCUGAUGAGAGUAGUGAGGGAGCCAUAAUUGUUGAAAUUAAGUUAAAAGAGAUGGACCAGAAGACGGCUGAAGUCAGUACUGAAUGGAGUAUUGUCCCUGGACGAAAUGGGCAUCCAACUUUGGCCUCACUUCAACCUGGUGGAAAUGUUAGUUUUGAGCAUCGGAAUCUACAAGGACUGAAUAGAUCUGUUAGUGGUUCUAUAACGACCAGCAACUUCUUCAACCCUCAGGAUGACCUUGCAUUUAAGCUAGAAUACGCGCAUCCAUAUUUGGAUGGUGUAGAUAAUUCACGGGAUCGUACUCUGCGUGUGAGCUGUUUCAAUAGCCGAAAGCUGAGUCCAGUAUUCAUUGGGGGCCCCGGGCUGGAUGAAGUGCCACCAAUAUGGGUUGAUCGUGGUGGUGUCAAAGCUAAUAUUACAGAGAAUUUCACGCCUCAGAGUAAAUUCACUUACGGACUUGUAAUGGAAGAGAUAAUAACCCGUGACGAAAGUAGUAACAUCUGUGCAAAUGGUCAAAGAAUAUUACCUAGUGGUGGAAUUAGUUCCGAUGGACCUCCUACCACCCUCAGUGGUACUGGCAUUGAUCACAUGGCAUUUUUACAGGCAAAUAUUACUCGUGAUAACACACGUUUUGUGAAUGGAGCUGUUAUUGGAUUGAGAAAUAUGUUCCAGGUUGAUCAAGGCCUGGGCAUUGGUACCCAGUUCCCAUUCUUCAAUCGCCACCAGCUAACUCUGACACGGUUCAUCCAGUUGAUGUCUGUGGAGGAAGGUGCUGGUAAACCACCACCACCAGUGCUUGUCCUCCAUGGUCGCUAUGGUGGUUGUGUAGGCGAUCUUCCAAGUUAUGAUGCUUUUACUCUUGGAGGCCCUUAUUCUGUUAGGGGAUACAGCAUGGGUGAGCUUGGUGCUUCCAGAAACAUGCUGGAGCUUGCAGCCGAGUUACGGAUACCUGUUAAAGGUAUGCAUGUGUAUGCGUUCGCUGAGCAUGGCAAUGAUCUAGGGAGUUCAAAGGAUGUCAAAGGGAACCCUACAGAAGUCUAUAGGCGAAUGGGUCAAGGUUCAUCUUAUGGUGUUGGUGCCAAGCUUGGUUUGGUCAGAGCAGAAUAUGCCAUUGAUCAUAACUCAGGAACUGGUGCAUUAUUUUUCCGUUUCGGAGAGAGGUUUUAAGUUGCAAAUUAGUUACAGUAUAAUUGUUAAGAAGCUUUAAACUACAUUUUUUGGUCUAAGUGGGCCUUAUGCUAGUACAAGACUGGUAGACUCUUUUUAUUAACCGGUGAAUUGGUGCAAAGUUCUGUAAUAAUAUUAAUAUAACUGAUUAUUUUGAUGAUUGCUAUUUUAUCGAUUUUAUAUUUUGCGGCUAGUGAUCAUUGCACAGUCUGCAAGAACAAAUGAAACCUUAUGUUGUAUGAACAUUUUUUCUUCGAGAAAUAUAAUUGGCUGAUGAUUAAGGAUUCAAA